GAAGCCCUCUAUAGUUUGUACGUGUGUAUGUUUUCUGUUCAUGUAUCUACACCCGCCCAUAACAUACUUUCAUUUAUGUUUUUAAUUUCUUCUUUUCUGUGUUUGGCGCAAAUUCUUUGAAUCAGUACCGGCUACAUCGCGUAUGUGCUAUGGUAUUGAGAAAGAUGGUAAUUGCCAUCGGAAGCAAAUCAUUUCUCCAUUUCUCCCUCUCGCCGGAUUUUUAUCAUGCGUUGUCAAAAUCAGGAAAGCGGGCCGUGAAGCUGCCGACAUGUGAUUCCGGCUUAAACAGAGGAUUCAGGUUCGGCAUUCCCGGCGGCGAGGUUAAGUCUGGAUUAAUUGGCCCAAUUAAGGCACUUGAAGUUUCUAGGUCGUCGCAUACCUACCGGGAAAACGAAAAAUCUCAUCCGUCAGGAUGCGGUUCGGAGCAGGAAGUAGUCGCCAACGAUUGCGAUGAUCUCUCUGGCAAAGAAAGACCAAAGACGCAUACCCUUGGAAAAUGUACUAAUAUUUAUUGGCACAAAUGCUCAGUAGAGAAGAGUGACAGGGAGGCUUUACUUCAGCAGAAGGGAUGUGUUGUAUGGAUUACUGGUCUAAGUGGUUCAGGAAAGAGCACUGUGGCGUGUACACUAAGUCGUGGCUUGCAUGCACGGGGAAAGCUUACUUAUGUUUUGGAUGGAGAUAAUAUCCGUCAUGGUCUGGGUAGUGACCUUAGUUUUGGAGCAAAGGAUCGAUCAGAGAACAUUAGACGGGUUGGAGAGGUAGCAAAGCUUUUUGCAGAUGCUGGGGUAAUUUGUAUUGUCAGUUUGGUAUCUCCAUAUAUAAAGGACCGGGAUUCUUGCCGUGCUUUACUUCCAGAAGGAGAUUUCAUCGAGGUGUUCAUGGAUGUUCCUUUACAUGUGUGCGAGGCGAGAGAUCCCAAGGGAUUGUACAAACUUGCCCGUGCAGGCAAAAUAAAAGGUUUUACCGGUAUUGAUGAUCCAUAUGAGCCACCAAAGAGUCCUGAGGUAAACCUUUGUUGUCCUAGAGAAAAUGUGUUUAUAUCCAUUACAGAAUCAGAUAUAGUUCUCCUGGUUGUAGAUUGCACUAAUUUGGUCUGUUGUAAAUCUGGAAAGAAUUAUAAGUUCCCAAAAAUUAUAUUACACUCCCAAAAAUAAGUUCCCAAAUCCCACAAAAGCACACCCUGCAGGUAAAAAUCUACACUUUUCUUGUCAUAACGAUGGAUCAUUUAAUUUGCAGAUAAUGCUUCGCCUUGACCAUGGAUUCUAUGAUUCUCCUAGUGACAUGGCUGAGGUUGUGAUAUCUUUUCUGGAGGAAAAGGGGUAUCUAAUACCAUAGCUGCGGCUUCACAUCCUAGUCCCCAGCUUUUGAUCAUCUGAUCCAAGGCCCUAUUCAUUUUAUUUAUGGGAAAGUGGCAUUUAAGGUCUCUUAGAAUAUUUUGGAACAGUGGAUUUAGCAUGUAAAUAUGGAUUUAGCAUGUGAAUAUGGAUUUAGCCUCUUUAGUCCUGAUGUAACUAAGAUGGGUGUCCUAAAUGGUUACUUGAGAAUUUGAAAAAGACCAUUCCAAUAUUCAAUAGGGAUGCACACCGCAAAGGAAAAACCGAUAGCAAAAACAG